ACGAUUUCAAGUCACAUAUACUUUAAGUAUACGAGCUUACAUAUAUACCCUCUUCAUUGAGAAUUAUCACUGCCGCGUGCUAUUAAAUCGAUAUGUUUGCCCUCCGCCGUACCGCUUUAUGCACAAGCAAGGUUCCGAUGCGAACUAUGCUGUUCUCCACCGCCAGUGUUCUGAAGAGUAAGCCGAUUUUAACAGACUGCGGUAAGGUGGAUAAAUUUAAACUCAACGAUACCAUGAAAGAGGGAGACUUCUUUGUACAAAAGUCAAAAGGGUUGCGAGCUGUCGUGCUACGGGUCGACUCUACAUUCUCCGCCACUCAACACCAACCGAAUGCGGAUAGUCACACCGAAGAAGAAAAGAAACAAACGUUUUACCUCGCAUUGCCGGAUGAACGAGACACAUUACCAGAACAAACCAGAAGUAGCCUCAUGAUUUAUGUCCCACAGAGCGAUGUGCUUCCGUUCUAUUCCUAUCUGCCGAUCCAACAUUCACAUAGCAGCACGUACAUGAAAGGAUUCGCUAACGGACGUCACGAGUUGCACAGCGACUUCUACUGUCUCUUUUGACAAUUAGCAGGAGCAAUGCAGAGUUGGGUGAAAGGUUUGUGGCCUAGCAGAAACGACUUGGGCACACCCGAGGGGCUCACUACGGAUCAGUUGAAAGCGCCCAAAUCGACCACUUCGCAAAGCUUCGCCAAUUUGAGCAAAGUCCAAUAACCUGAGGACUACCCCGUAAAUCACAGCAUGCGGGUUUGUUGUCACACUUUAUAACUUCUCCGCCUACGGCAAUAUGUCAUCGUGUAUGUUGCCUUGUUCAAUAGUGGAUUGCAUGCUCCCCUCUCAGCAGAAACCGAGGUAGGGCGUGUGUUUGGCCGAGUCGUCGGCACUAUGGGAUCCACUUCACUGUGGGUUAUUUUUCUUGAAUCUAAUUAAACGUCUAUAUGUGAUAAUGAG